AUGAAUAAUUUGACUAUCUACAUGUUUUGUAUAUAUUAAACAGCUGCACUUUAUGUAUAGAUACUUCGACUUCGGACCUUCCCCGAGCUCAAUGCCGAAAUUAACUCGGCAUUCAAAGCGUUGACGUAUUUCAAUAGAACCACACCGACGAUAUUUUAUAAAUCUAUAUCUAUACUUAUUUUAUAAAUAGCGAGUAGCGGUAUUAAAAAAAAAGAAAGACAAAUUUAUCUCGACGUAUCACCAGCAAGAUAAUUCCCGCGUUUGAUCGCAGUGACGUCAAGGUUUCACUGUCACGAUGAGAAGACAGAAAGUUUUAGAAAAAAAAAAAGUCGAUUUGUAUACACAUUUCUAUUAUCGCGGGUGUAGAAAGUGUAGGAAGCAGCCUGGCGUGGCCCGCACUGAAUGGAGAUUAGAGAUAAUGCACGCGUGAUAUUAGAACGUGGACCGAGUUCCAAAGUGCGCCUGCUCCUUUUGCUUCUCCUCACGAACGUCCCGCGAGCGAACGAGCCGAGUGCGAGGAUGACGUCCUUGACGAAACUGCCGCCGAUAGCCAGGCUCUCCUCCAGGGUGAUCCGGAUCCUGGGGUGCAAUCCCGGCCCGAUGACGCUGCAGGGUACCAACACCUACCUCGUGGGCACCGGACGCAGACGCGUGCUGGUUGAUUCUACAGAAGCCAAAACGGCCGACGCCUAUGUAAAACUCCUGGACAGCGUAUUGAGCGAAGAGAACGCGACUAUCGAGCAUCUGGUGAUCACCCAUUGGCAUCACGAUCACAUCGGUGGCGUGGAGUCGGUGAAGAAAUUGUUCCCCACAGACAAACAGCCAACCGUGUGGAAGCUGCCGCGGUCGCCGAACGACAAGGACAGUUCGGACGACGAGAGGUCCGUCCAGUGGGAAUCUCUGAAGAACGACCAAGUGGUGGAGGUCGAGGGAGCGAAGCUCCAAAUCAAGUACACACCGGGACACACCACCGAUCAUGCCUGCCUGCUGCUACAGGAUGAGGAUAUCUUGUUCAGCGGCGACUGCAUCCUCGGGGAAGGCACGUCGGUCUUCGAGGAUCUUCACGAUUACAUGCUAUCGCUGAACAAGAUCCUGGAGUUGCAACCCAAGAGGAUCUAUCCGGGCCACGGGCCGGUUCUCGACGAUCCUCUGCCACGUAUACAGUACUACAUCAAGCACAGGCAGCAGAGAGAGGAGGAAAUUCUACGGAUGCUGCAAGAGGGAAGCGAUAAGUCGAUGACAGAGAUGGAUAUCGUUAAGCAGAUAUACAAAGGCACCCCCGAGAAACUCUGGUUAGCUGCAGCCUUUACUGUGGGACACCAUCUUCGCAAGCUGCAGAAAGAGGGGAAAGUGCUGCAAGAAGAAGACGGUGGCUGGUGGAGAAUUAAAGGCAAAAUAUAAAUAGAUGUGUCGCUCACACGAGGAAUAUUGAAAAAUUAGAUAAAAUUGAAUAUUUCAAGAGGCGAAGUAGCUUUGAACACAAAUGUAUAAAAUGCUUAUCCUGGAAAAAUACUUUAAUAUUGUACUUUAUGUAUAAAUAUAUAAAGAUAGAACUUAAAUACUACACAAGUGAAAUAUAUUUUAACUAUAUAAAUUUUAAUUACCAUUAUACAUAUUGUAAAUAAACAUACUGUAUAUUACAAUUGUAUAUGUGUAUUGUACAUGCGUAUACAGGUAUAUAAAUUGCUUUUAUAUUUUUAGAAACUUACCUUGUUUAUCACAAUUGUUUCAGCAAGAUUUAAUUUUGUAUAUUUGCAACAGUUAUCUCGAAACAGCAUAUAAAUUUAGAUAUUUUGGGUUACCGCAAUUUCUUGCUAGAUAUUGUUCGAUAAUACUAGUCGAUUUGCUGGGAAGCGUCGUCCCUUAUUAGAUAAAGUUAAUAGAUUCUUUCGCUAGAAUACAAGUUGAGUAUAGAUUUGUUUGGCGCCAAUUUACUUUAAUGUUCGAUAUAUUCUGUUAACAAAUUGUUAAUGCGACAUAGAAAAUGGAACGCGCGUGAGAAUAUCAUUGUGAAACAUUUAUUUUCAACUUACAGGAGUAAAUAAUGAUACAUUGUUACGAAUUUCUGUCGAAGUUAGGCUGAUAGCUAUUAUCAGCGACGUGCGUACAACGAGAAGAGCACACGUUUAUGACAAUUUCACGAGGUACAUAUCGCAAGUGGUACACAAGUAAUCUUCCCUGUGAGGCGAACCAUUAGUCAUCGCGUGCGACUACAGACACAUUAUAACGGUCAAUAUAAAAUAUAUAUAUAUGUAUGUAUAUAUAUAUAUGCGUGUAUAUAUACUUGGCUACAAAGGACAUGUUGCUGUCGCGACAAUAAAUGUUUCGUUAUA